AUGGCUGCCAGAAUCACUUCUAGCCCGACCGCUGCACCAGGCGUGCUCGAAUCGCCGGGGUCUAUUCAGUUGCGCGCAGUGGACGAUGAGUCUGGCCAUGAAAGCAUGGUCGUCCCGGCCAAUGCUCAACCCGCCAUGCGACCAGUUUCUCGGAAACGCCAGACGGUUAUUCUUUUCUGUGCUUUCUUCGAUGUAUUCAUCACCAUCGGCCUCAACCAAGCUUACGGCGUCUUUCUCAACUAUUAUCUUUCCGACGGGAGCAGUCCCAAAGAUCCGUUUCUGCCGCCAAGCGAAGUAUCAAGCAAAGCAAUGCUGGCUUUUGUGGGCACUCUGGCCGCUGGGUUGACCUGGGGCGGGAGUAUCGUGGUCAACCCGCUCAUGGCGAGAUCCAAGGAUCCUAGGUGGCUUACUGGUGCUGGGGCAGCCUUUAUAGGAACCGGCUACGUGCUUGCAAGUUUCUGUAACAAGGGCUUGAUAUACGGUAUCGGCACUUCUUUGAUGUACUUCCCCAUCCUUGCGGUGGCCCCAGAGUACUUUGACGCCCAUCGCGGCUCCGCCAUGGGGUUUAUCUUGUCGGGAGCCGGUGUGGGUGGCCUCGUCUAUGCACCGGCGGCUCGUGCCCUCCUAGCAAGGAUGGGUGCCGCCUGGACUUUACGCAUCUUUGGCGUGGUCAAUUUUGCCCUGUGCAUACCUAUUGUGCUAGGAACGCCACCCUCACGGAGUCUCUCCAAACGACCGACAUUGGUGGAUGUCAGGCUGGCGAAAAGGCCCAUCUUCAUUCUACAGGCGACCGCAGCGAUGGCUCAAGCCGCCGGGAAUCUUGUUCCGUUGACGUUUCUCCCCGAGUUUAGUACGAGGUUGGGUUACACGGCUGCCUUUGGCGCUGCGCUUCUUGCUAUCAAUAAUGCCGUCAAUACAGUCAGUCGGAUAGCAAUGGGCUUUCUCGCAGAUGUUGCAGGCAGACAAAACACCUUGGUUCUUAGCGUUCUCGGGAGUGCCAUCACCGUUGUGGCUUUCUGGCUCUCUAGUGCCUAUGGUAAUGAUAUGGCCCUUUGGAUAACGUUUGUGGUGACCUAUGGUCUGUUCGCUGGAGGGUAUAACUCCUUGUUCCCCACGACGGUGAUUGAAGUGUUUGGUGCCCAAGCAUAUGCAUCAGUCAACGGUUUCAUCUACUUCAUCCGCGGGCUAGGCGCGUUCUGGGGCUCACCUGUAGGUGGAGCUUUGGUUGCAGAUGGCCAACAUCCGCACGCAUUCAUCACACUCAUUUGGUACGAUUUUGGACUAUUGAUGCUGUCGAGUGUUUGCGUGAUUGCUGUGCGGGCGCUGGAUGCAUCCGAAAAAGGCCAGUUCAAGCUGAAAGCUUGA